CACUAGAGGGCAACAGCUCCAUAGGCGUUGACACGUCCGCCUGCUAGAAGAAGACAGACUUUGACGUCAACGCGUUUGAGCAUGCCUACUACAUUCGAACAUAAACAAAGGCAGGACGCAGCGCUGGUGUAAACUGUAAUCUGGUAUUAUUUUAUAUGCUAAUAAUACCUAGAACGACUUCGUUCUCGAGCAAUGGAAAACGCAUUAUUGAUGGGAGUGAGUGUGUUUACCGACCAAGGAGGUAGGAAAUACAUGGAAGAUGUGACCGAGAUCAUAGUAGAGCCCGAGCCGGGCGAAGAUGAGCCGACGUCGCGUGAGCCAGAGGAGAGCAGCGGGGGAGACUGUGCGGUCAACUCUCUGGCGGUCGUCACGCAUACACACCGGACUGAUGACAUCGUGGGGCCCCCGCAGGUUUCAGAUGCAACCUUUGAGCCCGUACGAACGGCAGGCCAAAGUACAUCGGCGGAAAUAUCUUUGCCAGAAGGUCAGAGCCCACGGCGAGCUCAGCAGAGAACGGCUAGUCGUUCCCGCCGUUCCGUAGCGUUCUUCGCCGUGUUUGACGGUCACGGGGGUCGCGAGGCUGCGCAGUUUGCACGAGACUAUUUGUGGGAGUUCAUGAAGAAGCAGCGGGGGUUCUGGUCCGAAUGUGAUCGGGAGGUCUGCUCUGCCAUAAGCAAGGGAUUUGUAGCCUGCCACCACGCUAUGUGGAAAAAGCUACCUGAAUGGCCAAAGACACUUACAGGCCUUCCUAGCACAUCAGGCACCACAGCUAGCGUAGUAGUUAUCAGAGGAAACCGCAUGUAUGUGGCCCAUGUUGGGGAUUCUGCAGUGGUUCUCGGGAUCCAGGAUGACCCUUCAGUCCCGUUCGUCAGAGCUGUGGAAGUCACACAAGAUCACAAACCUGAACUACCCAGAGAGAGGGAGCGUAUUGAAGGUCUGGGAGGGAGUGUGAUCAAGAAAUCCGGAGUGAACCGGGUUGUCUGGAAGAGGCCAAGGCUGAGUCACAAUGGCCCAAUCCGUCGUAGCACGGUCAUUGACCAGAUACCAUUCUUGGCAGUAGCCCGAGCUCUAGGUGAUCUUUGGAGCUAUGACUUCUACAGUGGGGAGUUUGUGGUUUCUCCUGAGCCAGACACCAGUGUGGUGACCCUUGACCCCAGAAAACAUCGCUAUGUCAUCCUGGGCAGUGAUGGUCUAUGGAACAUGGUGCCACCUCAAGAGGCCAUCUCCAUGUGUCAGAACAAUGACGAGGUGAUGGCACCAUGUGGGGUAUCAAGUGCCCGGCAGCUCGUCAGCCAUGCUCUGCUGCGGUGGCGCCAGCGGAUGUUGCGUGCUGAUAACACCAGUGCCAUUGUAAUCGCCUUGCAGGAGCCUGGGACCUCCCAGGACACCCUGCACCAUGAGGAGGUGCUUCUCGACCUAGCCAAGGUUUCCCAGUGUCGUCCCACCUCCAUAUCCCGUGCUGACACUCCUCUCCUUCAGCGGCCUCCAGAGGAGGACUCUCCCUCUUCCAUGUGCGAACUCCUCCCAGCUCUGGAACGACGGGAUGGACUAUCAGGAAGCAACAGUCUGUACCACAUGAAUCUUUCUGAUCCAUUCACUCUGUCACCACUGUGUCCAAACAGUAGUGCUGAGCUUCCUGGUCAGUCCAGUCCUAUUGACAGGACAGCUAGCAGCAGGACACCCAACAGCAAAAGAACUAUUGAUGGAUCAUCAUCACCAUCAUCAGGCCAUUCUGUUAAGAAAGCCCGGCGCAGGAUUGCCAACAGGCCACCCCUGGUCCAACACAACGCAGAGAAGAAACAGAAGGAGUCCAACAAUGUCUCCCCCAUUCUUCAGCAGCAUAACAAGACCACAGUGUGUGUUUAUUGAAACACUCACACAAAACAUCAGUCCGCUGCCUCCCACUGUCAUCCUUGUCUCCAGUGGCAUUCCUGUUCCUCAUGUUUGCAAUUCUCCUGCACAUUCUGACAACUAAAAACCAACCUUGCUCUAUAGGUUGUGGAAAGACUUGUCUUCUUGCUCAGCACCAGUACAAUACUUAUUUUAAAACUUAUGUUUUUUUUUUUUUUUUUUGGAAGAAUGCUAAUUUCAUAACAGAUCUUGUGUUUUUGUUUCAAAUUCCUUUCUGAAAUGCUGAUUAAAUGUUUCUUACUUUCCUUCUUUCUUGUAACAGUUGUAGGAAGUAAGACUAAUGAUCCUGGUGUAAAAAUUAUGCAUUUUGUAGUUGAGUGUCGAGAAGCAAGACAAACUGUUCAUUUAAAACAAAUAUAUAUAUUUUUUAUACAUUAUUUUAUUGUAUGAUGAUAAAACAUGAAAAUCCCUUUUUAGAUGAGAUCCACUACAGCUUUCGUCUCUGACUCCUCCUCAUUCUUUCCAGAUACCAGACACCCUUUGUUUAAGCAUAUUUCUGUAUUUUUAUUAUCAUCUUAUUUAAUCACUGGAGAUUUGUCUUGAAUAUGAAGGUGCUGCUACAGUCACAAAUCAGUAAGCUACUACAUUGUGUAUAUUGAUAGAUAAAUAUAUGUAAUAACUGUUGGUAGCAUGUUUUUCUUAGAGAGUUCACGUUUGACAAAUCAUGGAAGUUGUUUUUAAGUUUUAAUUGCACAAUGCAUCUUAGGACAUAAAUCCACUCCCUCAGUCAUCUUACAUGGUUGUAAUUUGUGAUGACAAAUGACAGUUGAUUUUCUGGUGUCUUCACUUCCCCUGAGCCUGCUCUACACACUCAUACAUCGGGUAGUGAUUUUCUGUGUUUCCAAGAAUGCCUUUCAACAGCCCUCUGCUAUGCUGAAGCUUUUGCUGGUAUAUCUGUCUCUACAAUUAUGGAUUUCACGUUCUGCGUUUGCUGAACGUCCAGAUGGCUCUAAAACGAAGACUUCCUUUGGUUCCGAUGAACUGACAUAAAACUUGUUGUUUACAAUCGAUGUUUAUGAUUAUUAUGUGCUGCCAGACUUCCAUUGUGGCUGCACUGGAGGUAACAGUGAUGUCACAUUGUCUGUUGACCAUACAUGUAUGGGAAUAGGAAAAAUGCUCAAUCACAAGCAGGUUGGUCCAUACAAAUGGGACUGGCUUGCAUUACCAGUCCAUCCUGCCACCUUAUUUUAUCUUGUUUGCACCAAGGUAAUAGCUGUUGGUUCUGUUUCAUUGAGGUUGAUUGAGAGAUUUUUUUUAUAGCAUUCUCCUUAUACAAGCCAUUGGCCCUCCACACUGCAACUACACACUUGCAGUUCUAUUGUUACUGAUGUAUGCACAAGGCUCAUUUUGUGAGUAAAUACACUCUGCAUGGACUUUCUAACAGAAUACUGCACUAUUAUGGUGACCAUAUUUGUCUUUUAAAGGGAUUUUUUUUUUCCUUUGAAAAUAAUGUAGCAAAGAUUGGAUGACACGAUUGGAGUCUAAAAUGAAAACAGUAAAUGGAGAAUGUUUAAGGACAAAUAAUCAGAUUAUUAUAAUUUAAACAAAUAGAAGGAAAUGAUUGUUAAGAUGAGUAGAGUUUGCAGAACAUGGCUGUGCCCUCUUUUGCCUCUGAUGGUUUUGUUACACGACAGACAGUGCAUGAUUCAAAUGAUAAACAUUUAUUGUGAGAGAAUAAUGACUAUUACCCCGAUAAGACAGACGUCUCGAUCUUUGUAAAACCUUGUUACGUGAUGAUGUAUUUUCAUUGAGCUAAGUGCAAUUUCUAACAGGAAUUUGUAGCAUUAUGCAUUGGUUCAAAAAUAUUGUACAGUAUUGAAAAAUGUUUGAAGAAUGAUGUUCAUGUGCAACAUGUUCUCUCUGCAAAUACAGUCUCUUAAUUUACUUGGAAUCCCUGUAUGAUUUUUAUAUACAAUUUUUGAGAAUUGUCAUAUAUCUUAAUCUACUCAUUUCUGCUCUUGAAUAAUGACAUACCUGAUCCAGAUGGCUGUACUAACAGCAAACAAGUGCAUGUGUACAGUACAAAUGUGAAAAACGCUUACCUGGAAAUUAACAUAUUUAAAUAAAAAGC